AUGGCAAGGACGAGGCUACCCAAUGAAGCUCCGGCCAGGGCCGAAGCCAACGGCUACCGGCGUGGAUAUCAUCGAGAGACAGACCGUCUAACAGGUAUUAAGCAAUAUGGCGAGAAGGAACUGAAGGCACAGGACUUUAUUCUCGAUCUUUACGUCACGUGGUGCUGGAAGUAUGGUACAGAUGAACAGGACGGGAAACCUCCUGCCCCUGUGGACCGGGACUCCGUUCGAGCUUCUGUUCUCCGCAAAGGUGCCCCAGCGCCCUUAACAGUAGAUAUUAAAGAUUUCCUUCGUUUCUACGUCAAGCAGAGCAAAGGACGUAUCAACACGUAUUCGUCGGUCAAGUCUGUUCUAAAGCAAGCUGAACCCUUCUUUAAAGGAUUUGCGAGGGUAACCGGGACACUGACUGUAGAGGAGGAGAAGUCUGAAGUUUACAAGUGGGUAAAAAGAGUACUGCCUACCGAAGGCGAUACCAUUAACCAGUGCUUGCCAAAACAUAAUUUUGGUCAACCGGAUUUAGACAGAAUCCUCCUUGCGCUUUGGACCCGCUCAGAUCUCAAAUACCAUGAGAGGUAUAAAAUCCAAUUCACCUUCCUCAUUCACACCUACUGCUGGACCGGCGCACGCAUCAAUGCCUUCUUCAAGGGAGGUCUCCGCUACAAGGAUAUCCACCUUGUUUUACGACGACGUGCAGGUGGUCACGGCAGUGAACUUAUUUGGAAGAUUGAUCAGCGAUGGGUCAAGAAUAAUCGCAAUCCGAAUACUGUUGUUUUCAGCGCCGCUGGGAAAGAGCACUCGAGACUUCUCUACAAUGACGGAGCAAUGCUCCUCACCUUAGCCUCUGCCGACAAAGCUCUCUUCGGGUUCGACUCUCUAGAGGAUUUGUGGCAACAGGAAAUCCCGCCUGGCGAGACGCACGUGGUCCUUAGAUGGAAAGAGUCUGUGGAGGAGCUGCCGAUCCUGCGUCAGAUCAAAAAGGGUAUCGUAACAGAAGAUCCGUGGUUACUAUCUUCGUUUACGGCCAUGUUUAGGGAAGUUCUAGAUAUUGAAGGGUAUUCGAGUGGUGCGGGUGUGCACCAGAUCCGUCGCGAUCUUGGCAAGAAGGUCGAUAGAGACUAUACGGAAGUCGAGCGUUCUCAGCACAUCCUACAGUCUGACCCCCGUAUAUUCGGGCAAAGUUAUGUCGCAAAUACCUCGUCAGUAGAUGGGCAAGCAGCCUUUCUCCAAGAAACGGCCGAUCACAGUGUGAUAGAGUAUUUUCAGGGAUUAGAGCAGUUCCGCGAGCCUGGCGCGCCAAUUCGCCUCCCCAAGGCCAUGAAGGCCGAUUUGGAGAAGGAUCCGGAAGUUGUGGCCCUACAGGAGAGAGCGUCUACCGCUAGCGACUCUCGGGAACGCGAUGAGGCGAGGAAAGCCCGCGAGCGUCUACUCAAGAGGCUAGAGCACAGGGCCUUUAUUUCGUUCCGACAUCGUUGGACCAGGGAACGCAGAGACUGGAAAAUCUUGACUCGGGGUAAAGUCUCAUCGGAAGUUGAUACGGAUAAUGGCCGACUAAUCCUGCUUAUUCCCGAACGGGCUCGUAUCGCAGACAAGAUGAAACGCGAAUCAGGCUUAACUAUGAAUGAAAUGCGCGACGCGACACGAGACCUUCUAACUCUGUGUACGCGAGAUUACACCGUCUUCUUUCGCCCGGGUGAAGAGCCAAUAAAUGGGUUGUGUCCGGUCUGUAACCGGGAGAUGCACACUAUCGAGAAACGAUAUCGGAGCGAUCAUAUUCACGGCUGUUGCAAAAAGGAGAGGGCUAACGAGAUCGGCCAAAAAGUAUCCUGUCUGAGAUACUGCUAUGAUUGUAUGGAAUGGUACGUUCAGGGUAGCGAGUGGGAUGAGCACUGCCAGAGGCACCUUUCCGAUCUGCCGAAGAUCCUGGGGACAAUGACUUACUGCAGCACACUUAUAAAGCCUGCGUUCUGCCCAUUCCACCUAGCGACGAACCUACCCGCGUCGGAGAGAAUGCAGUCAUGGGAGCGAGACGCCGAUGCCCUCCGCCAUAUGAAGAAUGAGCACCUAGGAAAGGUGAAUUGGCCAUCUGCUAUCUGCUGCGAUAAGGAGUUGGAAGAUGAGCAGUCGUUCUAUUACCACUUGAGCGAUUGUCAUGGCUACUCCCUCCAAAGUUUGAACGCUACUCGUAAGCGAAAGCGACAGGAUGACGGUACGGGCCAGGCGAAGAAGAAGAGGAAGGGGGGGGAGGAGGAGGAGGAGGAGGAGAAGGUGAAGGAAGAGAAGUAUUGCGAAGUCCCUGCCGGGGAAAGAGCGUUGACAGUAACGAGACGGGAAGCCGACCCUACCUUACCUGUCAUAAAUGGCGACGACACUAGCAGAUGUUCAACAAACUCCAGGCAGGCAUUUACGGAUGCCCACGCCCUGCUAGACGGAGCCCCUCACUUCCGUCGUGCUAUGUCUUUAUGUUCAAGUGUCGACGGCGACUCAGAGAGACUAGGGGACUACGGCUUUGAACCGACAGACUGUUUUAUAUCCCGUUACGUGAACCCGUCUCCUUCGCCGACGCCUAGCAAGUGCCCUGAAAUCUACGGCCCUAAAUCGCAAGACCCGGAUUGUUUUAUCUCCCACUUCGUCAAGCUGCCUCCUCCUUCGCCAACGCCACCUGCCAAGGACGAGCACGAAGCCCCCCUUAAUCGUUCCCUUGCCACAACUGAUCGCAGCAUCAUCCAAGCAAGUAUCGAAGGAUCCUAUUCUAAUACUAGCGACAGCAGGAACCCAAAGGGGCCACGAAUCAAGCUGAAGCUUAAUCAUAGACCGCCUAAAAUCAUCCUCCGCCUCGGAGAGCCUUCGAAGGACCGACGACGGGCAGGGAAACGACAAGGGGGCAGCAAGCGACGUGGCAAAGCAUAG